GUGCUGGAGAUCAGAAUUUAUUUACAUCCUUAUAUCCUACACUUUCUCAGCAGCUUCCUAGAGAACCCAUGGAAUGGAGGAGGUCUUAUGGCCGUGCUCCGAAGAUGAUUCAUCUAGAAUCUAACUUUGUUCAGUUUAAAGAAGAGCUACUACCCAAGGAGGGGAAUAAGGCCCUUUUGACUUUUCCCUUUCUUCAUAUUUAUUGGACAGAAUGUUGUGACACAGAAGUGUACAAAACUACAGUCAAGGAUGAUAUCACCAAGUGGCAGAAUGUUCUCAAAGCUCACAACUCAGUGGACUGGCUAAUUGUGGUAGUUGAGAGUGAUGCCAAGAAAAAGAACAAAACAAAUAUCCUUCCCCGAACCUCUAUAGUAGAUAAAAUAAGAAAUGACUUCUGUAACAAACAAAGUGACAGAUGUGUGGUACUUUCUGACCCUUUGAAAGACUCUUCCCGUUCUCAGGAAUCUUGGAAUGCCUUCCUGACCAAACUCAGGACAUUGCUUCUCAUGUCUUUUACCAAAAACUUAGGCAAGUUUGAAGAUGACAUGAGAACUUUGAGAGAGAAAAGAACUGAGCCAGGGUGGAGCUUCUGUGAGUAUUUCAUGGUCCAGGAAGAACUGGCCUUUGUCUUUGAGAUGCUGCAGCAAUUUGAGGAUGCACUAGUGCAGUAUGAUGAACUGGAUGCCUUGUUUUCUCAAUAUGUUGUUAACUUUGGAGCUGGUGAUGGUGCAAACUGGCUGACAUUUUUUUGCCAGCCAGUGAGGAGCUGGAAUGGUUUAAUUCUCCGAAAACCAAUAGACAUGGAGAAGAGAGAGCUAAUUCAGAAUCAAGAAGCUACUCUACUGGACUUGCGUAGUUACCUAUUUUCUCGCCAGUGCACGUUACUAAUCUUCCUGCAGAGACCAUGGGAGGUUUCCCAGCGAGCGUUGGAGCUUCUUCACAACUGUGUGCAAGAACUCAAGCUAUUAGAAGUCUCUGUUCCUCCUGGAGCUUUGGAUUGUUGGGUGUUUUUGAGCUGUUUAGAAGUCUUACAAAGAAUAGAAGGCUGCUGUGAUAGGGCUCAAAUGGAUGCAAACGUUUCCCACACAGUUGGCUUAUGGAGCUAUGCCACUGAGAAGUUAAAAUCUCUGGGUUAUCUGUGUGGACUUGUGUCAGAGAAGGGACCCAACUCAGAAGACCUUAACAGGACUGUUGAUCUGUUAGCAGGGUUGGGAGCAGAACGCCCUGAAACAGCCAAUGCAUCACAGAGCCCUUAUAAGAAACUCAAAGAGGCCUUAUCAUCUGUAGAAGCUUUUGAAAAACACUACUUAGAUCUGUCCCAUGCCACCAUUGAAAUGUACACAAAUAUUGGAAGAAUUCGCUCAGCUAAGCUUGUGGGAAAGGACUUGGCAGAGUUUUAUAUGAGGAAGAAAGGUCCACAGAAGGCAGAAGUGUAUCUUCAAGGAGCACUGAAAACUUACCUUGCUGAAGGCUGGGCAUUGCUUGUCACACACACGAGAAAACAAUUAGCUGAAUGUCAGAAACACCUUGGGCAAAUAGAAAAUUAUCUUCAAACAAGCAGCCUUUUAGCUGGUGAUAAUCACUUAACAGAAGAUGAACGCAAAAGCUUUUGCCAAGAAAUACUAGAUUUUGCCAAUCAGCAAGCAAAGAACCAAGGUCAAAAGGUUAUAUUGCCUAUGUACUCCUUUGCGCAGUUGAAAACUCUACAUUUUGACCCUCCAAAUGCUGUUGUCCAUGUGGGUGGAAAGCUGUCUAUUGAGUUGACUUUGCUGAGCCAAAUGCCCAUUCCUGUCCAAGUGGAUCAGAUUGCUAUCCAUGUUCACUUCAGCAUUGAAAAAAACAGUUACAGAAAAACAGCUGAGUGGCUCACUAAGCACAAAACUUCCAAUGGUGUUAUCAACUUUCCAAAUGAAGUUGCAGGCUUUCCUUUUUCAAGAAACAACUUGCCAGCGCUGGAGCUAUAUGAAAUGUAUGAACGGAGUCCCUCAGAUAACUUAAAAAUUAUCUGCAAAAAUGUGCACAUGCUACUACGAAGGCAAGAGAGCAGCAGUUCGCUGGAUAUGCCCUCAGGGGUGACUUUAGAAGAUGGGGCUCAUGUGUUGAAAUGCAACAACUUAAUACUGGAACCAGGGGUCAAUAAAAUAACAUUCAAUACUCAGGCCAAAGAACCUGGGACAUACACGCUCAGGCAACUGUGCACUUCAGUGGGAAAAGUACAGUUUGUCCUUCUUCAUAUUUACCCAAUAGUGCAGUAUGAUGUUUAUUCUCAGGAGCCCCAGCUAAAAGUGGAACCCAUGACUGAUAGCCUUUUGGCUGGCAUUCCCCAGAAGGUGAAAUUCACAGUGACUGCUGGUCACUACAGCAUGAAGAACGGGGAUACUUUGCAGCUCAGUAAUGCGGAUGCCAUGCCUAUUCUGUACCACCCAGAGAGCAAGGCGGUGAUCUAUUCCAACACCAGAGAAAAGAUCUCAGAAUCAUCAUUAAGGAUUCAGUCUUCUGAAAAGAUCACAAGCAUCAGUUUGCCAGUAGCUCCUGCAUAUCAUGUGAUUGAAUUUGAACUAGAAGUCAUGUAUUUGCCAUCAGCCACAGAAUCUGCAGUGGAGAAAGAAAAUACUACAAAUAAAGAAGUUCACAGAAAAAACAGAGAGAAGCAGAAACAGGACAACUGUAUGGCUACUGUUGAUCAAAAAGUAACCAUUGAUUGUCCUUGGUCAAUUUACUCCACUAUUAUCGCAUUAUCAUUCUGCAUACCUUUUAAUGCCAAGCAUUCCUUAUUGUCAGCUGGCAAACGGAAAUAUGUGCAAGUCUGCGUACAGAAUUUGUCAGAACUCUGUUUCCAGCUUUCAGAUACCAGCCUAAAAAAUUCUGCUGACUGUACAGAUUUGCAGCUGGUACCUCUGAACCCUGAAUCUCAACAG